ACUCUUAAAGCAUAUGUUCCCGAAUUACAGUACGCUGCAUGUUCAUUUGUGCGGCUCUCAGAUCACAGAUGAAGCAAUGCACAAACGAAGACAGGAGUUCUCUCAACCUCAGCGAAUUCUCUCCACGCCUUCAACUGCUUUAGUCACGUGAUAUACACGCCGCGAACUUUCACGCGCGCGCGCAAAUAUUGCAAAACACUUCGCCUUGUCUUGGAUAAUUGAAGGUGUUUUCUGUAUUAUAUUAGGUUGGGGACUUUUUAAUAUAUGUCACCGUUGUCCUACAAACAAGGGAAAGAUUAUCAGCAACACCGUUUACUGUUUGGUUUUCUAAUUAGUGGAGUUGAUCUAAUUAUAUUAUUUGUAGUAAUUAUCUCAUGUUAAGGUAAACGUUAAUGUUUGUGGAUGAGAUAGAGCGACCUACAUGCUUCAGGGUCGGUGGUCCAUCACCUUCACGAUUAGAUAUUUUAUAUAAUAACAGCUUUACAUCGUUAAUUGGUCGGUUCCAAGGGGAAAUGGCUUUUAAUUGACCACAAAUCAAUCAAUGAACUUUCCUCAUCCUUCCUCGCUUUUCAUUUGGACUUUCUAUCAAACGUUCUACUGGUGAGUAGAAAAUAUACAUUACAUCCGUUCCACACAUGUAAACAACGGUCAGUGAUGUCCAAGACAAGAAACUCACAGAUUAACUCACAGGCAUUUCUCAGCUUUUAAGCAGUUCAUCAAGAAUUAAUAUGGAGAAUGUUGAUCACUUGGACACGUCUAACGCAACUGUUGUUAACAAUGUAGAUACAGUUAGAGAGACAGACGGAGGUGAGAAAGUUGCAGAGAAAAAUGUUGCUGAAUAUUUCUGUGAGAUUUGUAGGAAGACAUUCUCUUCAGAAGAUGAAGUCGUCACACACAGAGAAAUACACAAGAAGGAAAAACGGUUCCAUUGUGAAAUAUGUGAGAAAUCGUUUAUUGCUCAAUCUUUUCUUGAAGUACACAAACGUAGCCACAGUGAAGAAAAACCUUUCCACUGUGAAAUAUGUGGGAAGUCUUAUGCCUAUAAAAAUAAUUUAAUAACACACAAACGAUUACACACCGGAGGAAAAAAAUUCCAAUGUGAAAUAUGUGCGAAAUCGUUUAUUUCUAAUGGCGUCCUAACGAAACACAAAAGAAUACACACAGGCGAAAGACCUUUCAGUUGUGAUGUGUGUGGAAAGUCAUUUGUCAGGAAAUAUGAUGUAACAAUCCACAGAAGAAUACACACUGGAGAGAAACCCUAUCAUUGUGAAAUCUGUGAUAAAUCUUUUGUCUCUAAUAGUGAUUUGACGACACAUAAAAGGAUACAUACUGGAGAAAAGCCGUAUCAUUGUGAAAUAUGUGGGAAAUCCUUUUUUAAUAAUAGUGGCUUAACAGUACACAAAAGAAUGCACACAGGGGAAUCCCCCUAUUACUGUGAAAUAUGUGGGAAAUAUUUCGUCAAGAGUAGUAAUUUAACAACACACAAAAGAAUUCAUACUGGAGAAAAACCUUAUCAUUGUGAAAUAUGUGAGAAAUCUUUCUCUGACAAAUCUAGUCUUGCAUUCCACGAAAGACAACACACUGGAGAAAAACCAUAUCAUUGUGAAAUUUGUUCAAAAUCAUUCUCUCAGAAGUCUAGACUUGUAGUUCACGAAAGACUACACAUUGGAAUAAAACCAUAUCAUUGUCAAAUAUGUGAGAAAUCUUUUGUCUCAAAUAUUGGUCUAAAAAAACACUUAAGAAUACAUACUGGGGUAAAGCCUUAUCAGUGUGAAAUAUGUGGGAAAUCUUUCACUCAAAAUUCUGGUCUUCAAAUCCACAAACGUAGUCACACUGGAGAAAAACCUUACCAUUGCGAAAUAUGUGGGACAUGGUUUGUGUCUAGCAGUGACUUAACAAGGCACAUAAGGAUACACACUGGAGAAAAACCUUUCCACUGUGAAAUAUGCGGAAAAUCUUUUACUCAGAGUUCUAGUGUUGUUAUCCACAAACGAAGCCACACAGGACAAAAGACGUUAUUAUCAAAAUCGAAAGACCACACAGAGAUCCUUUACAAGAAACUCAACCAUAAUAAAUUAACUCGCAGACGUUUGUCCGCUUUUCAGAAUUGCUCAAGAAUUAAUAUGGAGAACGUCGAUGACUUGGACUCAACCGUUUUUAAAAAUACAGGUUUAAUUAGAGAGAGAGACAGAGACGAAAAAGCUGAAGUGAAAAAUGUUGAAUAUCGCUGCGAGAUUUGUGGGGAGGCAUUCUCUUCAGAAGAUGAAGUCUUUUCACACAAAGAAAUACACAAGAAGGAAAAACUGUUUCAUUGUGAAAUAUGUGAGAAAUCAUUUAUUAGUUAUUCUUUUCUUGAAGUUCACAAACGUAGUCACACCGGAGAAAAACCUUACCAUUGCGAAAUAUGUGAGAAAUCUUUUGUCUCAAACAGAGAUUUAAUAACACACGUAAGAGUCCACACAGGGGAAAGACCUUUCCAUUGCGAAAUAUGUGAGAAAUCUUUUGCUUCAAAUAGCGUCCUAACAAGACACAAAAGAAUACACUCUGGGGAAAAACCAUUCCAAUGCGAAGUCUGUGGGAAAUCUUUCGUUUAUAUAAAUGAUCUGACAGUCCACAAAAGAACACACACUGGAGAGAAACCUUAUCACUGUGAAAUAUGUGGGAAAUCUUUUGUUAAUAACAGUAAUUUAACAACACACAGAAGCAUACAUACAGGAGUUACACCUUACCGUUGUGAAAUAUGUGGGAAAUAUUUCGUGAAGAGUAGUAAUUUAACGAGGCAUAAAAGAAUUCACACUGGAGAAAAACCCUAUCAUUGUGAAAUAUGUGAGAAAUCAUUCACUGAUAAAUCUAGUCUUGCAUUCCACGAAAGACAACACACUGGAGAAAAACCAUAUCAUUGUGAAAUUUGUUCAAAAUCGUUCUCAGAGAAAUCUAGGCUUACAGUUCAUGAAAGACUGCACACUGGAAUAAAACCAUAUCAUUGUCAAAUAUGUGAAAAAUAUUUUGUUUCAAAUAUUGGUUUAAAAAAACACCUAAGAAUACACACUGGAGUAAAACCAUUUCACUGUGAAAUAUGUGGGAAAUCUUUCACUCAAAAUUCUAGUCUUCAUAUCCACAAACGUAGUCACACUGGAGAAAAACCUUACCAUUGCGAAAUAUGUGGGACGUGGUUUGUGUCUAGCAGUGACUUAACAAGGCACAUAAGGAUACACACUGGAGAAAAACCUUUCCACUGUGAAAUAUGUGGAAAAUCUUUUACUCAGAGUUCUAGUGUUGUUAUCCACAAACGAAGCCACACUGGACAAAAGACCUUAUUAUCGUAAAGUAUAGGGGAAAUCUUUAGUUUCUGAUAGUGACUUAACACAGCACAAACUGAUUUAGUAUGGAAGGAAGCUAUUUAACUUUAAAAUCUGAUAAAUUCAUUUCUUUGGAGAACAUUUUAUAAUAGGGAAAUUAUGUUAGAAAUCAUUCUCUGUGUUCUGUUCUUUUAAUCCACAAAUAUCAUCUGAAGAUCUGUUUGCUGUCUAGUUUUAGACACCAUUUUAUGAUUCAUGAAAAAAUCCAAGUAUCAGAUCUUCAUCACCAUUUUUAUGUUCAUCUUACCACACUUGCCAGAAUUUGCCAAGAGAGAUUUUCUAUCACCAGAAACCCCUUUCUUAUUGCUAAUCCUUCAUUGUUUUCAACUGAUAUUUCCUUUUGAUUGGUUAUUUUCAUGGAAGUAGGAUGACUUCACUCUACCUGGUCCGUAACGUAUUAUUUUCUAUUAAACUAUGACACCCGCUGACUGGCCCGUGUGUGCUGGUGGCACGUAAAAAGCAUUAUCCGAACAUGAUCAAUGCCAGGCCUGCCUGACUGGCUCCUGUGCCAGUGGCACGUAAAAAGUGUCUACUACACUCUUGGAGUGGUUAGUAUUAGGAAGGGCAUCCAGCUGUAGAAACAUUACCAGAUCAGAUUGGUGCCUGGUGCCGCCAUCUGGUUAUCCAGCCCUCAGUCAAACUCUUAAACCCAUACCUUCAUGGAAAACACAUUAAAUGAUGAUGAUAACUCAAAAGCAUUAUUUCUAAAAAGAUUGUCUUUAUAUACAUUAGACUCAUAAAAACCCAAAAUUAUUGAAUGAUAAAAUCAUAAACAAGCAAGAACAUAGAAUCUAAAAAGCAAACUUUCCUUUCUUUGUGUCAAUAUUUAAGAUCCUGCAAAAAAAGAAAUCACUGAGAAAUUUAUGCAAAACUUCAUCAUUGAAAUUUGUGAUGAAAUAUUUUUUUGUCAAUUUAAAUAUUUUGUUAAAAAAUGUUAUGAAUUUGGAAAUUAAAAUCCUUUCAUUUU